AAAUAUUAAAAUUUUUUUUUUUUGAAAUUUUUAUUUUAAAAAUUAAACUAUUAUUUAAUAAUAAACAUUUUCUUUUUAUUUAUAUGUAUUUUAAAUAAUUAUAAUUAUGUCAAAUAAUAAUAAAAAAUUAAAUAUAGUUAAUGAAGAAAAAUAUGUAGAGUCUUUAAAUAAAAUCAUUCAGAGGGAUUUUUUCCCAGAUUUACCAAACUUAAAGAGUCAAUUGGAAUGGAUGGAUGCAGUGGAGAGCAAUGAUUUAGAUAGAAUGAAAACAGUUCAGUUAACAUCAUUAAAAAGAGUGGCAACUUCAAGAACACCAUAUAACAAUAGUUUUGACACACCUGCAAUAAAUAAUAAUAAUAGUAAUGGAUUUGAAACACCGCAAGUUCAUAAUCAUACAAUAGCAAAUAGUAACACAACAGAUAAUAACAAUACAGAACAAAAUAAUGAAAUCGAUAAUACCAAUUUGGAUAGUUUUGUAAAUACAUAUAUAAGCGAGGAUGAUGCAAGUUAUAUAGAAAUUCAAAAGAAACAGAAUGAAAAAAUAUUAAUAAAAUAUAAAUGGUUAUUCGAUAAAGCCAACGAAAUCAAUAAAAAGCAACAAUUAUUAUUAGAUUCAAGUAGUACAGAGACUAAACUAUUAACAUCAUCAUCAUCACCCAAUAAUACAGCAGCACCAUCAUUGUCGGUUGUAGAAUAUAAAUCUAAUCCAAACACAGCACCAAAUUCAUGGAACUAUAAAGUAAAGAAUCAAUUAAUGUAUAUACCAGAUACCAAUUAUAACAAGGAGGUUGUAGGUGGACCACCAAAAGAAAUUAAACAUAAUAAUACAAGAAUAACUGAGAAACUAUGGGAGGAUGAUGUUAAGCCACAGCAAACACAGCGUAUACCUACAAAUAAACCAUUCUCGCAGAUGACAUUACAGGAGCAAAUCGAAAAACUAAAGCAGAUGGAAUUUGAGGGUAAAUCAACUAUGGAAAUAGAAAGUUCAAUGUUAGGUUAUAUAUCAACUCCGCAAAUCAUACCAGGGGGAAGAGAUGAUGAAUCGCCAUUGAUGACAUGGGGUAGAGUGGAUGGAACACCUUUGUUGCUCGAUAGUAAUCCAAUUUCGACUCCAUUGGAUACAAAAUUCAAAAGUGGUACACCUUCAUUUAAAAUACCAGAAACCCCCAAGCGUGAACAGCUGGCAAAUAAAAUGGUCGAUAAAAUUGUAAAUAAAACAUUAAAUAAAAAUACUAUCAAUACACCAGCAUCACUCUCCAAUUUGUCACCAGCUGCACAAAAAUAUAUAUUACAAAAGAGAUCUGGAUCGCAAACUCCAAGCUCACCUCAUGAUCAAUUAAGAAAAAGUUAUCAAUUAACACCAUCACCAAUUAGAAAAUCAAAUAAACUUCAACAAACUCCAACACCAACCAAAUCAGCCAAUACACCAAUUAAAAAUAUAACAAAGACACCUAAUAUUAAAUCAUCGACAUCCAUACAAAACACACCCACAACCACAUCAUCGUCGAUUACUGAUAAUUUAUUGGAUUUUACAUAAAGCUAAUAUUAUUUAUAAAUAAAGAAAUAUAUCAUAUUGUAUAUAGAAAUAGAUUUAUAAUCAUUGUUUUUUUUUAUUAUUAUUUAAAAAAAGAUAAUAUUAAAAACAAUUUUUAUAU